AUGGGUCGACGACCCAACCAAUUGAUCCUCGAGUACUUCGAGCGCGGUCCCAAGCUGGAAGAUGCAAGUAAUCGCUACCAACACACGUGCAAGUCGUGCGGUGAGAAGUUUCCUAAAGGUCGCAUAGAUAGCCUCACGAAUCAUCUCGUUAAGAAAUGUCCCGCGCUACCUCUCCAGGACCGCCAGCGCGCGCUGCUGCAGAUGCACGAGCUGCCUCUCCCCGACAAUAUGACACAGGCGGCCAGUCCAAACGCACCGGGACCGAGCCAAAUGCAGCAUGGCCAGAAAAUGAACCUUCCUUUUGCGCCUUCCAAGCAGCUCUCAGCACUGGAGACGCUGGCCGAGGUGUCGCGACAGCAUCUGGACCUCUCUGGGAAGCGCAUGGCGGAGAAGCAGCCUUCACAACCACAGAACAACCAUAAUCACAACCACAACCACAACCAUAACCACAAUAACAAUGCAAGUCAUGCAGGGCUGUUGGAUGAGUUUCUGAUACAGGAUGAUCGGCCCGAUGGCUCUGAUAUGGGUGGUCUAUCACAUGGUAUGGAUAUGUCGCAUGCGCCAGCGAUGCCAUCCAUGUACCAGUUCAAUGGGCCUUUACAUCAUUCACCAACCGCCUCACCUCAUAUAGGCCACAUGCCUCUGGGAAGCUCUGGGUCAAUGUCGCAUAUGGUCCCCUCGCUCGUUAUGGCAGCAUCGGCUGCAAACGAUCUCAUGCCACUGUCAAACGGCAUGCCCAUGGAAUCAGACAUGAACCUGUCGGCACAUGGGAUGCAAGGCAUGUCGGACGGGAAGUUCUUCCAUCCGCAAGGACGCCAUCACUGGCCCAACAUACAGCCCAACUCGCUCGACCCGAUGCUACAGGACCAUGGCAAGGAGCAGAUGCACGCAAACGACCAGCUGAACAAAGGCAUGGGCCAGCAACGGCCGCUUGCAAUGAGUCCAGGUAACCAGACCCACUUCACCACCGACUUUAGCAUGAACCAAAAACCAGUGAAACCCAAGGUCAGGGGUCGUUUCACUGACUCCAGGCGAAAAGAAGUCCAGGAGGUGCGAAAGCGAGGCGCGUGCAUUCGGUGUCGCAUGCUCAAGAAGCCGUGCUCAGGCGAUAACCCGUGCAAUACCUGUCAGAAUGUCGAGAGCGCGCGAUUAUGGAAGCAGCCGUGUAUCAGGACAAGGAUCGCAGAGGAGUUCGGUCUCUACUCUGCAGGACUCCAUAGUGUGUUGGCAUUCCAUGCAACGAACCAAGCCAAAGGUCAGAUACGACUCGAUCAGACACCAGGACGCAUAGAAGCAACCCACUUUCCUCAUUCCGGCAUAUUUGCUACAUUCACACCGCUGAAGUGUCAGCAGACGCAAAUAGCACAGAAUACGGAUAUCGAUCCUGCGAUCUUCGCCGGCCUAGCUUCUCCGGAUCUGGAGCUGAUAGAUAGUGAUGACGAUGUCAGUGGGAAGCUAGACCAUUACAUCAAGAAGAUGGGUGGCCAGUUUUCUGAUACCGAAGAUUCGAAUUUCAUGAGGAUGACGGUGAAUGUCGCAAAGAGCGUUGCAUCAACAAGCGCAGACGGACUCAUAUCAAAGGCACUGGAGCUAUGGAACCUUACACGCGUACUCACAUCCCGGAACUUUGAAUGGUACUUGUUCUCGAACCCUUCCUUGGCACCCACCAUCACUCCGUCCACUUUGGCGCCAGCAGAUUUGGAGGACGCUAUCCGUACACCCAUUACACCUCUCGAUCACGAAUCGUCCUACAAUCUCAUCACCAUGCAACUCAUGGGAGCGACUGAAAAGCGUGCCGCAUGUCUAGCCCGUGUGGUGAUGAACGAUCUCGAACGCCGCCUCCUCCAACGUCAACAAGCCAACCCCUUUGAGACCUUCCUAGUCGCCGUAAUCCUCCUCGCCUGUGUAGAGCGCAUGUGCUGGCUCUUCCGCUCCUGGGAUCUGCCGUCUACCACCCCAUCUGCCCCAGAAGCUGACGGAGACGCAUUCAAACAACCAGCCCCUGUCGACAACGACAUCGCUACAGCCCUUCAAUCCACUUCUUCGCCGUCUGCGCCUACGUUGGAUAUCUCUUCUCACCAAGCACCCCGAAACCCCAGGUGGCCACUUGAUAAAUCCCCAUCGACGUUCUCUCAGCAAGGCGAGAAGUUUAGCGAUAUACUCAACAUGCUGCUUAAGAUGCGGGGUGUCCCUCCCAAGCCCACGCCCCGUAGCCCAGACGGCGUUUUGUCAGUGUGGGGUGAAGACAGCAACAACGAUAGAGUACGGGAAUGGUACGACGGCAUCGCCGUUACGAUGCAAAUGCUAGAUCAGAAGACAAAUGCGAGGUUUGUGGGCGAAGAUCCCAAGGAAUGGGAAUUGAAGUUUGUUAGCAAGAUUAUACGAGGUGAUUAG